AUGAUCAAUGAAGAGUUAGCAUAACAAAUAAAUUAAUAAAUUUAAUUAAAAAAAAAACAACCAUGUGAAUUAGAAAUUCUUCGAAAAUAAAAAAUCUAAAAUUUUGUUGCUAAUAACUUAGUUUGUAAAAUAAUAAUAUUAGAACUUUAAGAAGUUAUUUUAAAUAUUAACAAUUUUCGAAAGUAAGAGUAAUUCUUUUUGUUCCUCUUUUAGAAGCUGGAUCUGCAGUUCUAAUAAAUUACUAUUAAAGAAUUGUUUCAAUUUUUUAUGAGCAUCAAUAAGAAAAUGAUAUUGAUACUGUAUAAUAUAUCUAAGAAAUGCUUAGUUUAUGACGAUUUCAUAUAAUCAAAUAAAGUAUUCUUUUGAAUACAUAUUACAUAUUCAGUAUAAAAUUCUUCUCAGAGGAUAAAUUAAGAAAUUAUAAAAUUUUAAAUAUUGUCACCAGCUUCAUAUUUUAAUGAAAAUCAUCUGGAAGAAUUCUCAAUAAUUUUUUCUAAUAAUCUAUCUUUAUUUGAUAGUCAAAAAAAUUGAGUUAGCUUGGAUGUAUUAGAAAUAAUUGGCAAUUUCUUAUUUGCUCUAAUAUAAAUUUUGA